AUGGUUGAAAUGUUUUUUUCCUCCCAUGAAAGGAUGCAAGUGCCGGAUCUUCUGCAGAACGUCAAGCCUAUUCCCGUGUUGCCGGAGAGUGUUGACGGAAUGAGCUCCAACUCCCCAUCAACACACGCAGCAAUUCAGGAGGAGGAGGCGAUGGCUCUGGCGUCCGUGACGUCGGAACCUUGCCUUGUUUUUGACUCCGAAUUUCUUGUGGAAAAGCUGCUUUUGGACGAAGAAUGUAGUAAUUGCUGUGAUGGCAACAGUGCGGAUGUACACAACGAUAAUACGAGUAGGCGAGACAAACUCCUCCUCACGCGGGGUUUUGCCUCUGAUAAUCAGAGUCGUACAAAUUUGUUUAUAAGUAACAUUCCGCACAAAAUGGAACAGCGUGAGCUGGAGAAUUUGUUUGCCCCCUAUGGGCAAAUUCUUUCAGCAGCAGUCAUGCGCAAUAUUCACACUGGUAAGAGUCUUGGCACCGCGUUUGUGCGUUACGCCUCCACCGAGGAGGCAAUGAGUGCAAUCAAGGGGAUGUCGGGAAAACGGAUAGGUGGACGAGCGAUCGCUGUUCAGUGGGCAAAGAAGCAGCAUGAUUACGCCCCGGUUGGGGAGGCUCGUAAAAAAAUCAGUAAAUUGUUUGUUCGAAACAUUCCACUGGAUAUCAACACCGUCGUUCUCGAGGACAUGUUCAAUAUGUACGGUCCGGUCAAGUCUGUUUCGAUUCACAAGGAUACCGCGCCGGACUGCGAGAAAAAUUCUGAGCGCCACAUCGCCUUCAUCACGUUCCUUGCGGAUGGUGCUGCCGAAAGGGCUGCUGAGGCCGUUCAUAACACCCGACCCUUUCCAAGUUGUGGGAAAGUGCCAUUGAUGGUAAAACUGGCUGAGGACGCCCCGCAACGCAUUCAUCAUGGCACUGGCAGUAAAAACUCUGCUAAUGCCUUAAAGACCAAGCAACAAUUACAGGGUGAUAUGAGCGCAAUGUCCUCUGGACAGGAGCAUUUUUUUGACGUCCCAGCCGUUCAACAGUGCUUUCCCACGGGAACGGGCACAGGUGCAAUGGUCGUUGCGCCCACGUCCUAUUUCUCAUUAUUGGCGUCUGGUGGUUUUAUUUUGCCUGGUUCGGUUCCGGGAGCAGUAAUGGGAAGUGAGGCGCCGUAUCCAUGGCGGACAAGGGUCACGUGGUCGCAGGGAACCGGUGUGCCAUUUCCCUUUUAUAAUGGAGGCACUGCAGCGACUGCCGCCAAUCCCCUUGCACCGAGCAACGCUUGUGCCACGCCUCCUUCUGGGUCGCCCGUCUCAUGCAUGAACAAUGGAGGGUUUACAUCGUUUCCAAUGUACACGACGCCGUUUUGCUCAUCCACGUCUCCAGGCCUUUCCGGAACGCAGGCUGACAGUGUCGCCGGGAGCCCUUUGAUUUUGCCGAGUUCUCUUCGUCAAUGA